CAAAGCCAUCAUGAUCGCAUGUCAGUUAUCAAUCGGAAGAUAACUCGUCACCCCAGCUCAACUCGCCCCAACCCCUGCGCCCUGCGUGUGAUUCUUGCGUGAGCCACAAUUCAUAAACAUUCAGACCGGAGCUGCUGAGAGCCGCGAAAUGUCAAAACUAUCCAAGGGCAUGGGACAUGGAAUCAGCCGCAGAAAGAAGGAAACAAAUUUGUAUCUACCGAAUUGUGAGCUGACAUUUAGCUCUUCUCAGCUCACUUUCCUCAACUACCACCUCUCUGACCAGCUGACUAACAUAUCAGCUGAUCUCCGCUGUGAUCCUCACCAUGACAGUUCUAUAGCCUUGGUGGAGAGACUCAUGCAGAGACUGUUGUGUGGAGUAGGCACUCUAGAUCCGAGGUUCAGCUCCAAGUUUCUCAUAAACCUGGACCCUACUAGACCUUCCUCUAGGAAUCUGAACUACUUGGUUCGUCUGGACAAUCUAAGCACUCCUCUGCUGUAUCCUCAAGACUCUGAACAGUUGACGUGUUCAGUCCUACAGGCUGAAGGAGGGCCGCAGGGGUUCGCCAAGAUACGACCUUCCGGCUCUCAGCUACAGGACUGGGCGGAGUUCAUCAACAACAACGGAUUCUUACGGAGAGACAAGGUGCAAGAGAGAUUUGUAGAGUUACUAGCAACUGCUGCUUCUCGUUCUUCUCUGCCUGAACCACCAGACCGCAUUGAUGAGUCUCGCCUGUGUGGAGCUGCGGGUAAAGUUGUUGAUCCUGAGGUGGCCUUCUACCUGGCCAGUUCUCCGCCACAGAAUCAGUUCUAUUUUGGAACAGCUGAAUGCCAUCGGCACAGUUUUCCAGACCCACGGGAGUUCCGUUUGGCCAUAGUUGAGGGAACACCCUGUGUGAGGCUAAGGGUUGGUCUGCUUCCUCCUCAUUGCUACUCCACUUCUGAGGAGGAUGUUCAGGUUACCCUGACGCUUGGCAUCGGCUUCACAGGAUGGCCUCAAAAUUGUGACUUCCCCAGCCGAGUACCUCUAUAUCAUGUGGACGCUCUGCUUUACCAUCAAGCUGCUACUUUGGGUUUCUACCUGGUCCCAGCGCCACCCCAUCCCACUACUCGGUGUGAUGACCGCGCAGCUACAUGGCAGUUCAGAUUCCCGGCCGCAGAGUGUGCUCUGUUGACUCACUAUGCAGCACACAGCACGCCCGCACGUGUACUGGCCGUCCUCAGAAGUUUACUCUGCGAUCUACGCAGGACCACCAACGGUGGUCAGGUGAUCAGUGACUACAUGCUCAAAACACUGCUUUGGUUCCGACUGGAGGAAGACAACGGUUCGUUGAUUGGCAUCCUACAGGACUGGGACCACGACAAACUGUCCUUUCACGUCCUGGUAAUCCUGGACCAGCUGAUCAAUGGCUUACGAACACAGCGUCACAGGUCGUACUGGUUCCCUUGGUUCAACGUGAUGUUGAGCGCUCCUGGUGGUGGGACCAUGCAUUACACGGAGGAAGACUACAGCCAUGACGCGGAGCUGUUGGUUAGCCUGUUGCAUCGUCUGCACGAACAUUCUCAUCAGCCUCUCCUACCGUCCCUGCACACCCUGGAGCCCUGGCAACUGCUGGACUCCCGUCUCAUUGGCAAGUGGCAAGACGUCCUCAUAGCACUAGCCCCACCUUCUGCCACCAGAUCACGCAGACUAGGGUUUGUGUCCGGCCACAACAGUGCAGCAGCUUCACAAUACUCCACAAGACAACUGGAAUAUGUGAGGCUCAUCUUGCGAGGCAUGCUCACUGUACGAGCACUCACGCUCUACCAAGGUCAACUUUUCCCGAGUCUGUUCAACAACAACAACAACAACACUAUUUCUGACACAGUUGAAUCAUCAGAGGAUCUUAUAUACCUCCUCUCAUCGAUCUUGGAUCAAGCGAAAAUUCUUCAUUCGUCAAAGAAAAGUGAUUUUAAAGCUAAGAGGUCAGUAAAGUCGUAUUCACGUGUACCAAAAAGAGACUCUGGCAAACAUCUUGAUUCUUACGAAACAGCCGUAUCAAAACUGACUGAUGAAGUCAGGAAAUCUACAUCAAGCGAUUUGUCAGUGGACUCAGUUUUAGUGAAGGAGUUACUAAAGUGGCUUUACCACGGAAUGGACACUGAUCGUCGACACCUUUCGCCCAUCUUGAGACCUUUCCUGAACCGACUAUUUACAGUCUCUCAUGAAAGUUGUUGGCACAUCGAGGAGUGGAAAAGGAGACAGGAAAAUCAAGAACUGUUCGCACUCGGUAGAUUUUCCAAACUUGUGGUGGAAGACGGGCUGUCACCAAGGGAUGGGAUUGCGGACGCUAUUCGAAAAGGAUGGCUGUGGGCGGAGCGUGUGAUAGACUCAGCAGCCAAUCACAGUGAGGGGGUAGAGCUUGUGUUUACCCCCUCCCCUGGUCGAGUGCUGAGGUACAGAGUAAGGCUGCAUCAGCAGAGCUCCAGCUUCAGCACAAGGAGUCUUGGAAGAAAUAUCAGCUUCAGCAAGUCAGACCGGAAACUUAACUUCUCUACACUUCCUCGACACACCAAUGGUAUAAAAGAGCUCUUGAAGUCCAAGCAGGACAGUACAGAUACAUUUGACUCUGUUCAUUGCCAACUCAGGUCAUCCAACCCGAUAGCAAACGCUGUUGACUCUCAAAGACGCUACGGCACUCAUCGUGGGAUUGGCAGCAUUGUUGAAGCUCUCAUCACACUCAACAAAUUCUCAGUUCUACAAGAAGUGUCUAACCUAUUACCAGAGGAUGAGCGAGCGCAGGUGUUGGAUGACAUUCAGCGAGUGAGCAAAGUACGGCGGAGGGGGAAAGGUCGAGGUAGAAGGGGAGGGGGGCAGCCCACACAACGCUACACUCCCCUACAACCACCUACUACAUGCUCAUCUGAGAACUCAGAGUGGUUAGCUGAACUGCCAUCUACCAGUAAAUCACUCCUAGGGACUUGUCGUGAAGCGAGGCAGAGGCAGGGACAUACUUUAAUUUACAAUUCCACCUUCUUUGAACCCUCUUCUCCACCGAAUCCUCUGGGCCAACCUCUUCUUCGGCUUACCCCUGACAAUAGACUCACCCUGGAGACCUCUCACGUUCACCACAACAAGAUCAAGCGAGCUCAUAAUAAGGAGAUGGUCACAAAGCUAUGACUACUCAUCU